GAAGCCUGAACUGAAUCCUACGUCCCCCUGUUGUCGCCGUUUUUCAAUGUUGUGUUGUUGUUGAGCUAUCACGCGAACAUUGAAAAGUUUUGCAACUCUGGGCCAGAGAUACUAGUAUGCGAAUGUGCAGACUCUGUGGAUGCUAACAUAUCGUUCCUGUCCUGCUUUGACAUUAGAUCUGCUUGGGCACCGACAGCGCGAAGUAUCUCGCAUUCAUCAUCGUAUACAGCAGCUCCACUCACUUUCAGUCUCCAAGUCCUGGGCGGGAGCUGCAGCUGCAAGUGUGGGAAUUUGGGUGUAGGUUGUAGAAAUUAAGCAUCGUGAGGAUGUCGUCGGACACCCUCACUGGCGCCAAUAGUAAAGCCUGCAGAUCCAUCUGCACUUGCGGAAACGUGUUUCAACCAGGAGGCCUACGAUGGAGCUGGUGGUAGAGCAGUUUGACUCGAUUCGACGAAACCUCGGCGUAUGGAAACUGUGGUCUCGCGUCACUGACAAGGACGAAAGUACUUUCGAGCAUCUAUAUCGUGGGGCUGCUCAUUGGAGAUACGGGAUAAGUUUCAUUGUCAGGCAUAGAUUGCUGUACCCCGACUUCCGCAAUGAAGCGCAUACUAGGCCAAAUGUUCGGGGUUUCUUCUGUCUAGCUCGUACGGUGAUCCCAUGGGGUGACUAGUAGUACCGUCUAAUUGUCUGCAGGAGCUUCUGCCAUGAUACAGCGAUAAAUUUGUCUGCACUUGUUUUCGUUGAUCAUCUCUGGUCAGUUAAAACGGUUGAGGACUGAGGACUGAUGAGUCAAGACGUUGUCGAGC